AUGUCAAUAUCAUCAGAGUCAUCUUUUUCUUCCUCUUCGUCAUUGGGACCGAAACCACCACGAGUUGGAGGUAUUAGAUGUUAUUGGGCAUUGGUAACUCCGUCAUAUAUACCCCUCCCACCAAAUCAGGAUGGUACAAUACAAUCAGGAAGCAGACUGGAAUUGGAAUUCGUGCAUCCGGAUCCAAUGUUAGGAUUCCAUUUAGCAAAGCAAAAACUUAGUAUGAUGGGUAGGAGCGUUAUCGAAUUCAUACAUCCUGCAGAAAGAGAACAAGCCAGGAGGGAUCUCACUAAUGCCAUCAGUGCGGAUGAUCUUCAAGGAAGUGUGACCAGAGUGCGAUUUGCCAGACUUUCUCGGAUACGAACAAUCCUAGGAUGUCCUCCGGAAGAGAACGAUUUUCCUCAUGAUGCGGAUAUGUUUGCGGAGAACGACGAGUACCUAAUACUGGAUCUGGUCCUGAACUGGGUUGCCGAUGGAUUACUUCUUGCUUUCUUCCAUGCUAUCAAGGACAAAGACCCAAUUGCCAAUAAUGAUCCUAGCCUAUCACAUGAAGAAUGGACAAAUUGGUGCGGUACCAAAGUUAUGCCCGAUGAUCAAAUUGACGCACUACAUUACAAUAUUGCGAAAUCGAUUCCACCUGCACCUCCAUCACAUUUCCCGCCUUCACGUGUCUUCCAAUUACACUACUGUACACCUUCAUUUGACCCCUCGAUAGCACCUGCUCCACCUCAUCUGAUAUUUUCAUGGCCACCGGCUCGAUCAGUCGGAGCUAAGAUAGAACCUGAUGGAAAGUACAACGCCGAGGAAUACUGUGAACUCAUGAAAGGAGUAGACAUGGAUCCAUCUCAACUCAAUGCUGGACCAGGAGAGCUGAGAACGAAUUGUACAACGCGUUAUGGUGCUCAACAUUCGAUAACGACUGAAGGUGUUUAUCGUCACGUUACAAGCGUUUUCAUACCUUAUGGCAGUUUGAUCUUCGCCUGCUUUCAAACGACAAGGAUGUACGAACUACAAGCUGCUCGCCAUAAUGGGGUAGAUCAUUUAGCAAGUCCAACUUUGGGAAACGAUUGGAAUUCACAUAUGCCUGCUUCUUCUUCUUCAAAUUCUGUACCCGCGUCUGAUGGAUAUCAACCACAUUCUCAAUCAGUCUCCCAGCCACCGGCACCACAACCUGUUAUGCACGCCAACCCAACAUGGCAACAGUCAGAUCAAAACACCCUUCCCCAUCCCUCCGAAAACGAGUGGGAUUCUACAGCUUCUUACCCAAAUACAUAUCAAGUGCCCAUCGCAUCGUAUGAUCAGGUAAACCCCACGCAGCGUGAGAUGGGUUAUCCAACCCCAUCACCAUCGACGACACCCUACCCUCAUUCUCAUUCUCAACGUCAUCAACAUUAUGCCGAAGAACAUACGUCGACCUCAAUACCUCACGGGGGUAUUCCCCUAUCGAGUUCGAUGAGUAGUCACCUCUCGUCUGGGGCAGGACCUAGUCCACCUCCAAUACCUACUGGGCAUGGCCAUGUGCACUCGCUGAGCAACGGAGGGGGAAGCAAUGGAUCAGCUAGUUCUCGUCCCUUAGUCAGACCACCUGGCAAUGUGGAAUGCUGUAUUAUGUGCGGUAUAAGAGAGAGUCCGGAAUGGAGAAGAAAUGAAAGUGGAAUAAAAGACUUGUGCAAUGCGUGCGGAUUGAGAUUGGCUAGACAAGUAGCUAAAAGAGAAGGAAGACAAAAGCCAAGAAAGAAGAAAGAUAGCACGGGCGGUAGUAGCGGUGUAAGAGGGGACGGUGCGACAAAAGAUCAAUACGGUAUAUGA